AUGAGUGUGAGCAACGCGUCAGUGCAUCCAGUUGACGCGCCACCGUUACAAACGGAAGCAGCGAACGUGCCGCGCGUGAGAAUGAAAGAUGUACAAGGCAUGCCUGGCACUAUUGGUGGAUUCUUCUUACGUUUCGCUCAGUUUGUUUUUGCUGUUGUCUCGCUUUGCGUCAUGUCUACUACCGGUGAUUUUCCUUCCGUCACUGCUUUCUGUUACCUUGUUGCUGCUGCUGGUUUACAGAGCUUAUGGAGCUUGUCUCUAGGAAUUCUUGAUGUUUAUGCCCUUCUUGUUGGACGGUGCUUGCAGAAUUCUCGGAUUGUGAGCUUAUUUGCUGUGGGUGAUGGGGUCACUUCUACCCUCACGUUUGCUGCAGCGUGUGCUUCUGCUGGAAUUACUGUCCUGAUUGGCAAUGACCUUGGUGUCUGCUCUCAAAAUCACUGCUUAGAGUUUGAGACUGCUACCGCCAUGGCUUUUCUAAGCUGGUUCUGUGCUUUGCCAUCGUUUCUCUUAAACUUUUGGUCGCUUGCGUCCCGGUGAAGAGGGGCUCUCAUGGAAAUUACUCGAACGACGUCAAAAUAUCUUGUGAGAGUACUGUUUUUGUUUUGAUAUUGCAAAUGUUUGUCCAGAUGAUCAAUGUCCAAAAAACAAAAAAACACGUACAAUUGGCUGCUGCGGUGUUGUAAAUACAGAUUGCGUGAAACUGGUUAAUAUGAAAAAUUGAGUUGUGUGUCUGUUGCUAGA